AUGGAGAGGUUCCAGGCUGCGAUGGUGCUGGGGGCAGUCGGAGAUGCCCUCGGCUACAGCCACACCGGCAGGGAGAAUGGCACUGGGGGCCUGGGCCACCUAGUGCUAUCCCCAACAGAGUGGCCCGUGAGCGACAACACCAUCAUGCACAUGGCCACCGCUGAGGCCCUCACCACAGACUACUGGUGCCUGGAUGAUCUGUACCGGGAGAUGGUGCGGGCCUACGUGCACGCUGUGGAGAAACUUCCAGAUCGGCGGCCAGACCCUGCCACCCUCGAGGGCUGUUCCCAGCUGAAGCCAGACAACUACCUGCUGGCCUGGCACACGCCCUUCAAUGAAAAGGGCUCAGGAUUCGGAGCGGCCACCAAGGCCAUGUGUAUCGGUCUGCGGUACUGGAAGCCAGAGCGGCUGGACACCCUCGUGGAGGUCAGCAUCGAGUGUGGCCGGAUGACACACAACCAUCCGACAGGCUUCCUAGGGUCUCUGUGCACAGCCCUGUUUGUGGCCUUCGCUGCACAAGGGAAGCCCCUGGUGCAGUGGGGGCGGGAUAUGCUGCGUGCUCUGCCGCGGGCUGAGGACUACUGCAAGAGGACCAUCCGGCACAUGGCAGAAUACCAGGAGCACUGGUUUUACUUUGAAGCUAAAUGGCAAUUUUAUUUGGAGGAAAGAAAAAUCAGUGAAGACACAGAAAACAAAGCUGUCUUUCCUGACAAUUACAAUGCAGAGGAAAGAGACCGGACCUACAGGAAGUGGAGCUCUGAGGGACGAGGGGGCCGGCGUGGCCACGAUGCUCCCAUGAUAGCUUAUGAUGCUCUCUUGGCUGCGGGCAGCAGCUGGGAUGAGCUGUGUCGCCAUGCCAUGUUCCAUGGAGGUGAGAGCGGGGCCACGGGCUCCAUCGCUGGUUGCCUGUUUGGACUGCUGCAUGGGCUGGAUGCCAUCCCCAGGGGCCUAUACCAGGAGCUGGAGCACCGGGAGCAGCUGCAGGAGCUGGGCACCGCCCUCUACCGUCUGUCCACCGAGGAGAAGUAA